UCAGGUCAGCGAAGUGUUACCGGCAAACAAAGAAAAAGAAACGAAAAGAAGCGAAAAAGAAACGGCUGCGUGUGUAUUGAUAUUCUACAGUUGGCGAGGUGGGGGGUGGUGGGGGAGUUACACUCGGGUGGCUCUGGCUGUUAUGGGAAGUCCGUAGAACCCGUUGUGUUUGUGCAGAAUGGGUUGCGGACAAAUCCUCGAGAGCGCAGCGGAUGUGGCCGUGUGGACGGCGGAGUCUGCGGAAGCAGCAGCAGCCGCUGACCUCACGCGGCGCGGGUGAACUCGGAGGCGCGCACGCGGACAGCGGCGGUGUUUGCUUGGCGAGCGAAGAAAGGGCCCCGGCCCCUUGGCACCCACCGCCUUGGGUCUGGCCGCAACAGUUUGGCUCCGGACUCAAGGCACCGUGAACCAGCCAACCGCUACCUCAAGUCAGCCCCGAUGGACAUCACGCAGAGGGUCAAGUCUUCCAACUUGGACAGAGCCAGGCAAGAGAACCGCACGUUCGAGUCGAGGCUGAGAGACAGCCUGGAGGAGAUCGCCCACGCACGCUGCCUGGCCCUCUACGCCAUCGCGCGCGAGUCCACCGAGCUGCUGGUGGAGAACCAGCAGCGCGGCAACGAGAAGUUCAACCUGAGCCUGAGAAGGACCUUGGAGAGCGCCCCGGCGGGCCAGGCGGCCACGCUCACCGGCACGGGACGGCGCCGGUGCAGGACGAGCGAGGGUCCCUGGCAGACGCCGAACUCCUUCGGAGUCGACGUGCACGGCGGUCGCGAGGCGUCCGAGGGCGGCGUUGCGAGGAGGGAGAAAGUGAAAGCCGUGACGUUCGACAAGCGGACGCAAAAGCCGUGCGAGGUCGAUCGUACCGCCGGGCGCGUUGGCUCUAGAACCACGCCCGGGGACGGCAGAGUGGGCAACGAUCGGACAAUGGAUGUGGGAAAGGCGAGGCGAGACCGCACGCUGGAUGCCGGAGAAGCGAAGCGGGACAGGACGCCGGCUUUUCGGAACGACGCCAACUCCGCCAAGGGUCUGUCCCGAAGGAAGCCCACCACGAGGAAGGAAGGCGGUGGGCAACGUAACCAAGACUACCGCAGUCCCAAAAGAGGCGGCCUCAAGAGCAGGUCGGGUGGCCCCUCUCCUCCGUCUCGGCGGAGGAUCAUCCGAUUCUGCACGCUCUUCUCCUCAUCCAACAGCCACCGGCAGGAGAAGCAGGGCCUCGAGGAGGCCAAGCUGAAGCUGCGGCCUCCGCGGCGGCGGCCGGGCCUGGCGGCGGCGCUGGGAGACAAGGACGAGGAGCAGGCGGUGCUGCUGCGUCUCCGGCGGCUGAGUCAGGCGCGGGAGAACGCGGCGCUCGAGGAGAAGGUGCGGCACUUCCUGGGCGCCGGGGCGAUGGGCGACGGGCCGCCGCUGCCGCCGAGGAAGCUGCCGGCCAGGAGGAGCUCUUCUGUGAUCCCACAAGACGAGGACGAGCGGCUGCUGGAGAUGUUUAAGAGUUUCGUUCUUCCCCGGGGCUCGUCCGUACCCAGGCAGACCCUGCGGUCACUGUGAGGGCUGCGCAUUGGCGGUGACUCGAAGCACAGUUUUUCCACUGACACAUCCGAGCCACGUCAGCAUGGGACUCCUCGUGGUGUGUGUGGGGUGGCUUUCCACGGCUCAUUUGCCGAGGCGAGCCAGAAGCAAACCUUCAUAUUCUGGCCUCGCGAGACUGAAUCUGGCACGGUGCCAAGCUGGGCCAGGGCUCAUGACGCGUUCGUUGCGUGCGAAGUCAGAGUCGGUGCACUGCUAGCAUACAGCAUCACGUGUCAUCCACACACAUGUCUGUUCGUUCAUUGCGUGCGAUGUCAGCAUCACAGAUCAUACUCUUUGGAGCUUUCGGUAAAGUCACAUAGAUAGAAAAAGAAUAAAAUAAAAUAAAUCACGUUUCGAUCGCAACACAAGCAAUCGUCUUCAGAUCAUCUUCUGCAACCGCAGGUGUGAAGUCUAAGCGAGGUGCCCCGUGGGGUUAGCAAUGUGUCAAAGCACUGAACCAGCACAGCUGAGAUCCUCGUUUCAAGUCUGAGUAUUAGCAAUCCACAAUUGAGCCGACUUCUCGAGUGUAGCGAGUGUAUGGCCUGAUCCCAGUCACCAAAUAACCUAUAGACAUUUCAAAUUCAAUUUGGGGUUUUGCACUCAAUUUGUUUUUUUAUUAGUUAAGAAAAAAUAAAUUGGUUUUAGAAGCAGUGAACAAGGGAUUUAAAAUGUGUACUUAGUAAUAAUGAAAACAACCUUGAGUAAAUUAAGAGGCCUCCUUGAAUUACUUGAGGGCAUCCUGUGAAAUCAUCUUACAGGGUGAUGCAAUGCUAGCUUGUGAGAGUUGUGAAUGGUAGGAGAGUGCAUUGUGGGCAGUAGUGAGAUGAGGGGGGAGAGGUAUUAGAGUGUGUGGAGGAGAGUAGAGCAAAACGAGAGGGGAUAGGGUGGGGAGCACGAUGAGAAUGAGAUGAGAGGGGAGAGUUAAGAGUGUGUGGAGGGGAGUAGAGUGAGAUGAGAGUGGAGAGUUGAGAGUGUAUAGAGGGGAGUAGAGUGAGAUGAUGAUGGAGAGUGGAGAGUGUGUGGAGGGGAGUAG